GCAGGUGACGUCAGGCAACGUCAUGCACGCGCCUUGCUGUGCUGAGCGUGAUGAGGAUGAAGAUGAAGAUGAAGAUGACGCUCGUCUUCAGGCCUCCACGCGCGGCUCCAUGAGUCACGAGGCCGCGCAGCAGCCGCCACCAACACGCGCGCCGAAUCUUAUCACGCAGUCCAAAUGGCGUUCAUGUCCCGGUUCUCCCGGUCCCGAAGCAGUUCCAGAUCCCCGAGUCGCAAAGACUCGGAGCGCAUCUCCCCCACGUUGACCGUGUCCGAGUUGGAGAGACUUCUUUGUAGCGGCAAGACGGCCUGCAACCACGCAGAUGAAGUCUGGCCCGGACUUUACGUUGGAGACCAAGAAAUUGCGUCAGACCGUCGUGAGCUGGCGAGGUUGGGCAUCACGCACAUCCUGAACUGUGCACAGAGCAAGUGGCGUGGCGGUGCGGAGUACUACAAGGGCAUGGACAUCACGUACCACGGCAUUGAAGCUCACGACUCACCUGCCUUUGACAUGAGCGUCAACUUCUAUCCCGCCUCCGAAUUCAUACACAAAGCUCUCACCCGGGGAGGCAAGGUUCUGGUCCACUGCACAGUGGGAGUGAGCCGCUCUGCCACGCUGGUUCUGGCCUACUUGAUGAUCCGACAGAACCUGACGCUGGUGGAGGCCAUCAAGACGGUGAAGGACCACCGUGGCGUCACCCCCAACCGCGGCUUCCUGCGCCAGCUCAACGGCCUGGACGGCAUCCUGAGGGAGAGUCGCAGGGCGGCGCCGCAAAGCUGAGUCGUCACGGCGGCGCCGGAAGCAGGCCGGCAGAGGUUUACUCACCGCGACAGGAUCCAACGUGCCCGCGCUACCAGCUACCAACUGCCUGGAUGAUGACAGGCUGCAGAGGGCAGUCAGGGCUAACUGCUAAUGCUAAUGAAAAACUCCUGUUUUAUAUUCCGAUUACCUCAAGCAUCGUGUUCGUCACGCACUUUUAUGGCGUGUUGUGUGUGCGUUCAUCCUAACGUAGAAGCUCAAUAGUUUAGCCGGGAUGUAAACAAAGAGCCGGAUUCGUAUAAUCAGUGUUAGUAGUUGACAACAAAAACAUUCCAUGUGAUUUUUUUUUUUCAUUACUAACACAAGUGGAGUUAGCAAGCCAACUAGCUAGCUGGCUAACAGUGGAAUUUAGCAUCGAGGUAGCAUUAAGACAAGCUAGCUGUCUGAAAUUGGAAAAUGAGGCAACGUGAUGUGUCAUUUUGAUUGACAUACGAUGCUAAGCGCUAGCAGACGGUUAGCUUGCAUGUUCUUGUCAGUCUCAUGACACUGGCUAAACAUUUACAAACUAAAGUGUCGAUUGUUUUUGUUAGCUGGCCACUUGGGGACCAACACGUGACCUUGUCAUGUUCACCCAUGUGUUUACUCGUAUUAGUAUUACAACAUUUUCUAUCAUAUUUCUAUACACUUCUAUUGGAAACUUAAAAAAAACGUUUCUGUGGUUCUGUGCUGUGAUUGGCUGUUAGUUUGUACUUUGAUUUACAAGUCAUUGCCUUUUUAUUUUUCUUAAAAAAAAAGUUAGAAAUUAUUUUUGUAUCACUCUCUUUGAGCUUGAUGGAGAUGUUGAUGCCUUAAUUUUUGAGUUUUUACACUUUGCUUUGUAAGUUUUUAUUGUGAACAAUUUGUACAACUGCCUGC